AUGCGCAUUCUCUCUCUUACGUCCUUUCUCUCGCGCACUCUCACGCACAUUCUCUCUCUCAAACGCCCUCUCACGCGCACCCUCACACGCUCCCUCAUACGCUCUCUCACGCGCUCUCACACGCGCUCUCUCAUGCGCUCUCACACGCGUUCUCUCACCCGCUCUCUCAUGCGCUCUCUCACGCGCUCUCUCACGCUCCCUCGCACACUCUCAGGCACACUCUCACGCACUCCCUCUCGCGCUCUCUCUCGCGCACUCUCACCACAUUCUCUCUCUCGUGCACUCUCACCACAUUCUCUCUCUCUCGCGGACUAUCACACGCAUUCUCUCUCUCGUGCUCUCCCGUGCACUCACAUGCGCUCCCUCACGCACUCUCUCAUGCUCACUCUCACGCGCACUUUUACGCACUCUCUCAUGCACACUCUCACGCACUCUCUCUCUCUCGCAUUCUCACCGCGUUCUCUCUCUCACGCGCUCCGUCACGCGCUCCCUCACGCGCUCCCUCACGCGCUCUCUCACGCGCUCUCUCACGCGCUCUCUCACGCGCUCUCACGCGCUCUCUCACACACUCUCUCAUGUGCUCUCUCACGCGCUCUCACGUACGCGCUCUCUUGCGCUCUCUCACGCGCUCUCUUGCACUCUCUCACGCGCUCUCUUGCGCUCGCUCACGCGUUCUCUCACGCGCUCUCUCACGCGCUCUCUCACGCGCACCCUCACGCGCACCCUCACGCGCUCUCUCAUGCGCUCCCUCACGCGCUCUCUCACGCGCUCUCUCACGCGCUCUCUCACGCGCUCUCUCACGCGCUCUCUCACGCGCUCUCUCACACGCUCUCAUAUGCGCACACGCUCUCACUCGCGCUCCAUCUCUUUCUUCUUCAAAUGAAAACGGCGGAGAGGGAAGGAGAGGCGACGGCGGGGAGUGGGGAGAGGCGAUUGCGGGGAGGAGCGAGAGGCGACGGCGGGGAGGAGGGAGAGGCGACGGCGGGGGGGGAUGCGACGGUGGGGAGGAGGAUAGGCGACGGCGGGGAGGAGGGAGGCAACGACGAGGAGGAGGGAGGCGACGGCGGGGAGGUAAGGGAGAGGAGAUGGCGGGGUGGAUGGGACGGAGUGAUUGUGAGGUGGGUUGGAGAGGUGUCAGUGGGUAGUGAGGGAGAGGAUACGGUUGGAUGGAGCGAGAGCGACGACUAG